AUGAUUGUUUUUAUUUCUUUUUUCUUAUUCUUUUCUCUUCUUUUUCUCUCUUUCCUUUCUUUCUUUCCCUUGAAUUUCUCUCCUUUCUUCCUUUCUUUUCUGUCUUUCUCUCCCUCUCCUUUCUCUCCCUUUCUCUCCCUCUCCUUUCUCUCCCUCUCUCUCUCUCUCCUUUCUCUCCCUCUCCUUUCUCUCCCUCUCCUUUCUCUCUCUCUCCUCUCCUUUCUCUCCGUCUCCCUCUCUUCUCUCUCUCUCUCUCCUUUCUCUCUCUCUCUCCUUUCUCUCUCUCUCCUUUCUCUCCUCUCCUUUCUCUCUCCUCUCCUCCCUCUCCUCUCCUUCCCUUUCUCUCCCUCUCCUUUCUCUCCUCUCCCCUUUCUCUCCCCUCUCCCUUUCUCUCCCUCUCCUUUCUCUCUCCUCUCCUUUUCUCCCUCUCCCUUUCUCCCCUCCCUUUCUCUCCCUCUCCCUUUCUCUCCCUUUCUCUCUCUCUUUUCUCUCUCUCUCCUUUCUCUCCUCUCUCCUUUCUCUCCCUUUCUCUCUCUCUCCUUUCUCUCCCUUUCUCUCUCUCUCCUUUCUCUCCCUUUCUCUCUCUCUCCUUUCUCUCCCUUUCUCUCUCUCCUUCUCUCCUUUCUCUCUCUCCUUUCUCUCCCUUUCUCUCUCUCCUUUCUCUCCUUUCUCUCUCUCUCCUUUCCCCCUUCUCUCUCUCUUUCUCUUUCUCCCUCUUUCUCCCUCUCUUUCUCUCUUUCUUUCCUCUCUUCUUUCUCCCCCUCUCCUUUCUGUCUUUCUCCCCCUCUCCUUUCUGUCUUUCUCCCCCUCUCCUUUCUGUCUCUCUUUCUCUUCUAUACUCUUUAG